AUGGACGAAGAGACAUCGGAGAUAUUGAAUCGUGCAGUGCAGAGAAGAGAGGCUCUUUUGCAAAGACUCGAAGAGGAAGGCCUCAGUUCUUACUUCGCUAACCUCUUCCAAACUUCUGGAAAUUUCUAUCACAGGAUCCCCCAAGAUGGAUCAUCACUGACAUCAUCAACUUAUGAAAUUCAAAGUAAGAAGAAAUUAAGACGGUCAAGCUCGUUUUCAGAUUUGUCUCAGCAGCCAGUUAGAGAUAGAUUGACGUCAUGGAGGUGUCUCGAAGAGGAGCAACAACAUCAACAACAGCAGCGGUAUCAGCAACAACGUCAGCAACCGUCUCAGCAACAGCUGCUAAAAGAACCACGUCAUCAUCGCUACAAGUCUAUGGUCCAUGGAAGCCUAAGCAACAUGAAUGUCGUCUCUGGCGGUGAAAAUAAUAAUAAUAAUAAAAUCAAUAAUAAUAAUAAUAGUACUAAUAAUUUGAGUGAAAAUAAGGAGAAUGCUACGCCAAAUAAGUUGCAUUAUAUUGUUCCUAAAUUCAGUUCUUCAAAGGCCAACAACAACAACAAUGACAUGCUAAAUAUCAACAACAACAAUAAUAAUUUAAUUACAAAGACCCAACCAAUCCAAGAAAUGUGCAAUGCUGAUUGUAGUAGCGGUAGUGAUGAUGAUGAUAAUAAUAAUAAUAACAAUAAUAAUAUUGGUGAUAACAACAAUAAUGAUAAUAGCAAUGAUAUAGUGACAACAUCACCACCAUCUUCCCAAUCAUCACCACAACCACCAGGCAUCAUUCCAGCUCCACCGCUACUCCCGUCAACAUCAACUGGGGGGGGGAAUUGGAAAAAUAAAAAUAACAACAACAACAAUAAUAAUAAUAACAAUAAUAAUAAUAAUAAUUCUACAAAGAAGAAUAAUAAUGCAAAAGAUGCUGCCAAAGGAAGCGCGGAUUUCACCAACGAGCUCAAAACUAGAUUGUGCUGCAGAAACAAACACAACAACAACAAUAAUAAUAACAAUAACAACAACAAUAAUAAUAGAUGUUGUGACAGUAAUAGCACUAACAGCAAGAAAAUCACAUCAGCAGUUACCAGCAAAAAGAGUAAGACGACGUCAACUUCUAAUAUUAAUGCUAGUAGCAAUAAGAGUUAUAAUAAUAAUAAUAAUAAUAGCAAUAAUAAUAACAACAAUAACAAUAGUGCUAAUAGUAGUAGUAAACAGCUGAUGGCAAGGCAAAACAAAAAUCCUACUACAACAACGACAAAAACUUUGGCCGUUUCAACAACAACAACAGCAGCAUCAUCGUCGUCGUCAAGAUCUUCAACAACAACAACAUCAGUAACAACAACGAUUGCAACAUCGUCAUCAUCAGUAGGCAGUAACAAUGUUGCUGGUUUUAAAACUUUCAACAUAUGCCCCAAGCCAUUCUCUAAGCAAAAUUUUCAAAAUCAAAAGUUCUCGUCUGUUAAAUGCUUUCUUACUUCAAAACCAACUACAUCAUCAUCAACAACAUCAACAACAACAUUGGCAACAACAACAUCAACAUUGGCAACGUCAACAACAGCAAAGACAUCAACAACAUCAGAUGUUGUGAGAAGUGAAUUCAAUAGCAAGCUAGUUGAUGACUUCCAGCAAAAUAUGGUUGCCAUGGGUUACCAGCUGCAAGCUGCUUCAGAACUCGUCCUUGAACUUGAUGAUGACUCAGUAGAUAAUAAUAAAAACAAUAAUAACCUCAAUAAUAAUAAUAACGAUGAUGAUGAUGAUGAUGCCAACAUUAAUUGUAUUAACAGUGUAAAAAAUAGUACAAAUCAUAAUAUCAUCAUUACUACUACUACUAACGCUGCUACUGCUACUACUACUACUACUACUACUAGCACUGCUACUACUACUACUACUACUGCUGCUACUAGAAAUAUUUAUAAUAAAGAUAAUAAUAAUAAUAAAGUUAAAACCAGCAUUGUUGCUACUACUAGUACUAAUAGCAAAAAUAACAGUAAUAAUAAUAAAAAUAAUAAUAGAGUUAGCAAAACUAACAAUAAUAAUAAUAAUAAUAAAAUCGAUAAUACUGAUAAUAAUUAUAACAACGAUAAUAUCUGUAACAAUAAUAACAAUAAUAAUAACGACAAUAGUAUUAGUAGAGGAGGUAUUUUAAAGAAGACGAGUAAAUAUAGCCCGGCUAAAAAUAACUUUGGCGGGAAAACCAAAAUAAGUAAACAGCUCCAAAAUCUCGUUAUCAGUGAUAACGACAGUUUCGAUAGCGUCAAGAGUCCACGGAAGUUGCAGUCCGCCCAGAAGAUCACAAAUAAGCUCACCAUAACCAAUAUAAAUAAGAGAAAUAUUUAUGAUCGUUUGGCUAUCGAUGAUGACGACGAUAAGGAUGAUGGCGGUGGUGGUGAUGAUGAUGAUAACGGUAUUGGUGGUGGUAAUAGUAAUAGCGGUAGUAGCAGUUGUGGAAAUUCUUGUAGCCUGGAUAAGAGUUCUUUGAGCCACGGAAGCGUCUACGUCACCGGCGACAACAACCGGCACAAUGACGUCAUUCAUGACAUCAUCAUCAAUAACAACAACAAUAAUAAUAAUAACGUUAAUAAUAACAAUAAUAAUAACUUUAAUAAUAACUUUAAUAAUAAUAAUAAUCAUGGAAUGAGGCCCAAAGAGACUUAUUUCAGUGUUACAGAUAUCCACAACAGCAAUAAUAAUAAUAUUAACAAUAAUAAUAAUAAUGUUGAUGGUAAUUGUAGUAAUGAUCAUGUUUACAUUCACAUGUGCCCUAAGAAGAAAAUUAAGAAUAUGAAAUCAGUCAAUAAUGAGCGUUAUGGUGAUGACGACGACGACGAUGAUGAUCGUGACUAUCACGGAGAUGGGGGUAAUCUAUAUGAAGAGAUUGGAUUAUCAUCGACGUCAUCAUCGGCGAUGACGUCAUCAACAGCAGCCAAUCACAACCUCCCAGCAGCAGCAACAACGACGUCAUCAUCAUCUCGACCACCGCUUAGGCAUAUUUCAAUGAAGAGAGCAUUUAGAAUUAUUGAUAAUGAUGACGAUGACGAUGAUGAUGACGACUAUGCCUUCAAUGAUGAUGGUGAUGACGACGAUUAUGAUGAUGACGAUGAUGAUGUCAGUCAUGAUGAUAAUGUGGAAAGUGACAGAGGCUCUGGAGUUAUAAUAAGGGGUGGAGUUAGAGACCCUCUCAUGCCUCCAAAGCAGAGACCAUUCACGACGACGAAUGCCACACUCGACCAGAUCAAGUAUCGCUUGCAGACGCCAACGCCACCGUCGUCACCAUCGACGCUCGGUAGGAAUCACGUGAUUGGCGAUCAUCACCUCCACGAUCAACAUCAUCAUCAUCGUCGUCUGAGAAGGCAGUCCAAUCAGUUUGGUGGUUCGUGCCAGAACUUGCACGACAGAUUCUUUCCCCAUCCUAUCAACCACCACCACAACGGCAGCGGUAGUAACAGCAGCAGCGGCAACAACAACAACGAUGAUGGUGGUGAUGAUGAUAAUAAAACUGGCCGUCACCAUCUUCCUCCCCAACCUCCUCACCACCCCAACAUCACCAGCGGCCACCUCGCCAGCACCACACUCUGUAGAUCGGACGACAACCUCUUCGCCAGAAUGCCUAAAAGUAGUCGAGACGUUCAAGCCUACAGGAGGCUGGCCGAGGCUCGCCUCAGCGCUAAGAAAACCAUCCUCGAUAUUGAUCAGAAGAAAUUGCUUCGGAAAGUUAAAGAAAGUCUAGAUAGGCAGAUAGAUAGGCAGAGUAGGAGCAGGAGAGGUGUGAGAAAACCUAGGGGGGGUUCAGGGAUAGCUGGACCGGACGUGCCUGCUAGGUCUGCUAGGAUGAAAAUACAGAGCCUGAAGGAUAUGAUUGAACAGGAAGAUAAAUUCUCCCAGCAGGCGAGCAACGCACUGAACAUCUGCCUCAGUAAGUCGAGACAGUGGACUCCGGAAGCCAUUGAGUGCCACAGGAUACUUCUCACUGCUGCCAAACGUAAGGAGAUCCUCUACCAGCAGUUGAAACACCUUAGAGAAGAUGAUAACCUGACUGAUGACCUGACACGAUUAUCUGCAACGCGAUUGGCCGGAAAGUUGACCUUAAGUGAUUUGAGAUUGCCUUUAAAGCCAGAGUUCCUGGCUAAAAUUGGGACAGUUCAUGAUACGUCGGUGACCUACCUCUUAGUGAUCGUCCAAUCAGGCGAAAGCAUGUCAUCAACGCAGACGAUAACCACAGCGCAGCCCACGGUCCUGGGUGGCCUGGAAAUCCCCGGGCAGCUAAAUUUAACUGGGGUUUUCCAGAAUUUUCAGGCUUUGUUAGAGAUAUAUUCUCUUUGUGUCCCCAGAGACGGAAGAUCCACCGUCCCUAAAAAAGCCCGGGUAAUUAGGAAGAUCAUAGACAUGCGCAAACACAACAACAACCGCCACAACAUGUUACAUCAGCAGCAACAACACAAUACGGACAGCGAAUCAGACGAUGCGACUACUGGCCUAAAGAGUUCAUAUUUUGUGUCCGUCGCCCGGCUGUUGUUCGGGGAGAAGGAUUUAGGGCGGGGGCACUUCGCCCUGGAAGGGGUACCUUAUGAUAAUCCACUGCAGGGUAGUUUGCACAUGAAGCUAAAGUACACCCCUGAAUCCUCUGUUCUUCAUAGAUCCUAUUUGAACGUUUGCUCAUCUGAUUCACAUUCCACAACAACAUCAUCAUCCACCAAUCACAACGCCGGCACGGCGAUGAUCGGCGCAGAAAGAGGCGGAGCUUUCACGAGAAGAUGGUGUUGUCUGACCAAUAGCGAGAUCCUAAUCUGGAGGAAUGCUUCUGACGAACUUAUUAAGGAUCCAGUAGUGCGCGUGGAUUUGAUGUCGUGCAUCAACGAACAGGUCCUGCCCAUCUCCAUCGACUACCGAUCGGUCAGGGACACUUUCGAGCUGGUUGUCGUCUGCUCGGCUCGUGGGAAGAGUGUCGGAAGGAUCAAUGAGAGGAUGAAUGAAAAUAAACUGUCCUCCCAGAGGUUCUGGCUGACUGCAGACACGGCGGACGAAUGCACCGUCUGGUGCAGGCGCACUCAAAAUGCACUCACUCAAUUAAGGGCAUGGCAUCCAUACGCUGUACCGCCGGUCAAAUUUUUCCCGCCAUGUUUAUCGCCAUAUUCGUUUGACUCCUGCUUGUAAUAGAGACGACGUUUGAUGGUGAUGAUUGGAAUGGUGGUGGUGAUUAUGAUGACUGAGGUGCUGGUGAUUGUGACGAAAAUGGUGAUUAUGGUGAUUCAGAUGGUGAAUAUGAUGAUGAUUGUUGUAAUGAAAAUUGCGAUGGCUGUGAUAAUGAUUGAGAUGAUGAUGAUGGUGAAUAUGGUGAUUAUGAUAAUGAUUGAGAUGAUGAUGAUGGUGAAUUUGGUGAUUGUGACAAUGAUUGAGAUGAUGAUGAUGAUAUGGGUGAAAAAGUAUAUGGGGGCUAUAAUUAUAACAAUGAAAAAGAUAAUAAUUAUUAUUAUUAUUACGACACUGACGAUGUUUACAGUGAUUAAGAUAUAAUUAAAUCACUAAUCAAUGUGAUUAAGAUAUCAUUGAAUCACUGUUUAUAUGUAGACGUGAAUUUUUUACUAUAUAGAUUUUCAAUGGUUGCUAACACGUGUGAAUUCAUGUUACCAUUCUUACUGUUCUCAUAUUAUUCUUCGUAUUAUUAUAAGAUUGAUUGCUUAAUUGAUUGAUGAAUUAAUUGAUUGACGAAUUGAUUGAUUGAUGUAUUGACUGAUUGAUGAAUUGAUUGAUUGAUGAAUUGACUGAUUGGUUUAUAAAUUCUUUGUUUUUUUUGGGUUUUUUGAAAAAAAUUUCAUCUCACAAACAGUUAAAUUGUACUUUAGGUUAAAAAUUUUAUUAUAUGAAUAUUGUAAUUAUUUAAUUAUUACGAUGAUUGUGGUGAUAGAAUAUAUAUAUAUAUCUUAUUCUCAUGUUUAUUCCAUGUAUGUAUGUAUGUGUGUGUGUGUUUAUAUAUGUAUGUACACAUAUACGCAUACAUAUAUGUGUGUAUGUUAAGCUGCUCAAUUAAUAAAACUGUGCUAUAUUCAUUUAAAAUCAUUUCAUAUAUAAUUUUGUAUAUUGUGUGUGUGUGUGUUUAUUAGUAGUAAAUAUAUAUGGUAACUUAGUUGCGUUCUUUUAGCCAAACC